AUGGCUUUUGCCGGGCUGGCCGAUCUGCGUCUCUUCGACAAUGUCUCUCAGUUCAUCAACGCGUUGGCCCUAGAGCUGUCGCCGGACAAAACAAAUCUUCACGAGCCGAACUGCAAGUGCUCGAUUGCCAAUAUAGUCUGGUGCAAUUACUUCGGGUGAGUGUUCCGAAUACAAAAAGAGCUGUUGAUUAUGAUAAUGAAAUGGAAUUGAUAAUGUUAUGAUUUUAAAUGGAAACGAGUUCCUCUUUCUCUUCUCAUUCGUUCGCUCGGAUCCGGCCACCGUUCCCCGCCUGACCGUGCUUGAUCUUCUAGUCCUGAGCGCAAUCUUUUUGAUCGCAUUUCACCUGCCAUUCAAAGUUCACGUACCUUCCGUUCCGCCGCCUCGCGCCCGCUCUUUUUGCAGAUUUGCGCGCGGAUUCCGCGUCGUGCCGUCCGCAUACUGUUCACGUAUUUGCGUCACACGUGUCUGCGUCUCUCCACUCGACACACUCUCGGCGCCGACGGUGAAAGGUGUGGGGGGAAUCGGCGGAAAACCGGUCGGUGCCAGGGCGUUUGCACGCAGCUCCGCAGUCCGUGCCCGUCCAACUCGGCCGUUUCUCUUCCAUUUCCCUUUGGUUCUUUUCAGUUGAUAUCUACUUGUUUGCCUCUUAGAUUAGGUUGAAACGGCAACCGAAAUAUAUUGACUCUUCUGAAACUGAACAGAGUAAAUCGAGAGAAAAGAGAUAGUACACGUCUAUUAACUCCCCGUCUCUUAUCAUAUCAAAACACGUGCCUCCUCGCUGAACAUGUUAAUCUUUCCGUUUUCCACCACCACUCUCCCUUCCUUUUUCGACUCUUUCGCAUGUUCCAUGCUUCUGCUCCCAUCGCAAUCACAGCCUUCGGAAGUGCCUUUCACUUUGUUCGCAAAUAACUUCUUCGCCUAUUUUCGUUCGCUAUUUGACCUGCCACACCUUCGAAUUUAAUGGUCGAUGAUACAGCCGUGUAUUCUAUUUGUCGUACCUUGUUAUUCGAUCCCCCUUCAUAUUAUGAAAACAGUAUGGAUGCGAGCAAACAAAUAACAACAACACGUUACUCUGCGCCGAUUGGGCAGCUCGCCCCUCUCCAGUCUUAAAAGCUUCUGCCAAACAGUUCGAUCGCACUCGUGUUUACACUCGGCCACUGCUUUUCUCUUCCUGACUAUCGCCCGUACUUUCCUAUCAUUACGAGAGCAGAACGUGAAACAGACGCGUACCCGUUUUAAAUAGAUCUUUCGGAAGUUUUUAAUUAAACCGUGGCCUCUCUCUCUCUCUCUCUCUCUCUCUCUCUCUCUCUCCACGUCACAAGAAGCCUACAUACUCAUUUCACGGCCGGUCUCUCUGUUCUUAAUGCCCUCAGAGUGUCCUUCACAAGUGUCUUUCAGACAAACCCCAAGAUUAUCGGAGUGGAAACACGGCACACUCCGUACAUUUGUUAUCGUAAUUCCCCCAGAAUCUAACAUCUUCUGUUUUCUUGUUCAGCUGAAUCAGCUGUGACUCAGCCUUGAACUUGUUCUCAGCUGGCUUCAUAAACCGUCCAAUGACGUCAUCUGCCUGUUCUCUCCUCAUUACACCUCCUUUUUUCACUGAAUUCAUUCUCGCUACACUUGCGCAUGUAUUGAAGAGGUAUUCGUUUCGCAUUAAAUUGUUGGUCCUUCUCCGUUUUCUAUCCAAUAUCCUUCAAAUUCGUGCUUCCUCCAUAUGACAUUCUCCGUCAUCGUCUCUCCGCCAUUUCAGAUGAGUACACCUACUUCUCAUCUGAUACUUCCUGUCCCUUUCGUCCUCUUCUUGUUUCUCGUCCGGUUUCUGCUUCUGCGCUUCGCGCCUCGCUUCCCUUCCGAAAAACACAUUAUUUUACAAACACUUAGUUAUUUUUAGUAAAUCGGAUUCGAUCGGUGGUCUACUAAUCGAUUCGUUUCUGUUCGAAUUGUGGUAAAUUGAGGAAACCACGUGUUUUUCAAUUUUCUGCGCUAGCGAUAAGCUAACUUCUCGGUCAAAGUUAAUUAACUGAAAGUGCAAUUGAGCUUCUUUGUAUUCUGCCGUUAAUUAAUUUCUAACGCUCAAUUCUCCAAUUUUCACGGAAAAAAAUUGGAAGCGGUUUGGUGGCCGUGGCCGUCGCGGCCUUGAAUCCCAAAUCCGUACCUGACUUUAAAUCAGAAGCUGCUGUUUUAUCUUCAAUUCUGACUCAUUUCAUUAAAAAAGAGAAAAACAACUUUUCAGUUUUAAAAUAAAGCACUUUAUAAUUUUUAGAAUGGGCACAUGCAUCAGUCGUGACGCACGAGCGCGGCGAAAAGAGCGCAGGCGACAAAAAAGGUAUUGAAUUUAAAUAGUUGCAGAAAUAAACAUUUCGACAGCUUCAGAGAAUUACGAAACGCUUCUGUGCCUGGCGACGUUUUCUCAACCCGUACACAUCCAAGAUCCGGUCACAGAAAUCGAGUCGACGAAGCAACGGACGUUCACGGAGACAUCAAGGAGCUGAUAAUCGAAACUCUGGAGGUUAUAAGGACUUUAGUGAACAAGUGAGUGCUCUUUUGCUGCAAAGGGAGAAAAAUAAUGCACUAUUCAGUGAGCAAGAACCGCCACAGUCUCUUCUCAAACUGAAUUUCAUCGCCGACGAGGAAAGAGGAUGGAUGAUGGUCGUGAAAGCUCUCAUUCACACGGUGAGGAUUGACUAUUAUCGCCUGCUGACUAUCUUCUUUUUCUCGCAGAUUCCUGAAAAUGAUCCCCUUGGCCCAGCCGUCAUUUCUUUGUUCCUGGAUGAAUGUCCGUUGCCAAGCAAGGAAUCCGUUCACUCAUUGCUGCGCAGUCUUGCUCUCAGCAGCGAAUUCGUCGAAAUUGCAAACCUUCCGCCUGCGUGGCAUAAGAAUAUGUGCAUCGUGCUCGGUUCUUUAGCAGAGAAGAUGGCCGGAACAGCCGCGGUGACAAUGUUCAAUGAGAAUAUCAGAGGAUAUCUGAUGAAGAUGAUCGGCUAUGGCCUCACGUAUUUCCCUCCCAAGUACGGAGACACACUGGUGAGUUGGAAGGAAGCUGUAAGAGGAGUCAAUGAGAAUUACAGAAAAACAAAAAUACACAUGCCGUCAGAAUGUUUGCUUUGCUAGCACUGGAAAAGUUUGCACAAACGAGAGAAAAUCAGAUCACCAUUUGCAAACUGUUCACGGACGGACAGACGCAUCCAUUGCUGAAAAUGGAAGAAUUCCUGAACAAGGAAAGCUCUCCUUCUUCUUCCUCCUCCUGGCACGCCAAACAAGAAGGAUUCUGUGCUCAGUGGGCUCUCGAUAACAUCUGUAAGUAGUAUUCGAAAAGUUUCAAUCAAUUAUUUUCGACUUCAGUCACUCUCCCAUCUCGUCCGUAUUCAUAUGAAACCUGCGAAACUUCACAAAUCAAUGCAAUGCUCAAUCAUCAAGAUGUCAGCGAAUACUUGAAAAUUGGACCGGACGGCCUGGAAGCUCGCUGCGAUGUGUCCUCAUUCGAAUCGGUCCGAUGCACGUUUGAAGUUAUGGACGGAGUCUGGUAUUAUGAGGCGACCGUACUCACUUCCGGAGUCAUGCAAAUCGGAGUGGCGACGAAAAGAAGCCGUUUCCUCAACCACGAAGGAUACGGAAUAGGCGACGACGCCUCUUCGGUUGCCUAUGACGGAUGUCGUCAACUGGUCUGGUACAAUGCAAAGAGUCACAGACAUGAGCACGAAAACUGGAAGCCUGGAGACGUGAUCGGUGUUCUACUGAACAUUCCGGACGGAGAAAUAGUCUUCUACCUGAAUGGAACCCGUUUGAAAGAUGCUAACACUGAAUUCCUGCGCAAUCGUCAGCCGUCCGAGGGAGUCUUCGCCGCCGCCUCGUUCAUGUCCUUCCAGCAGUGCCGUUUCAACUUCGGAGCCACCAGAUUCAAGUAUCACCCGGGAACACAAUUCCGUUGUUUCAACGAUUUCGGAAAACUGACGACCGCGCAGAAGACGAUAAUUCCACGAAAAGUCCGACUGGAAAGACUGGAAAAGGAACAUAUUCCGGAUGACUAUUGUACAAUCUGUUUUGCUGCUCCGGCCACGAUGACCCUGAGCCCAUGUAAUCAUGAGUGAGUAUUCUGCCUUUUUUUUCUUUUCGAGACUAACUUUCUUUUUCAGUGGUUUCUGCCCCGAUUGCUGUAAUAUGAUGGAUCACUGUCCCCUCUGUCGCGGAGCCAUUGACGAACGGCUUCCAAAAGUGAAUAACAAGUAGGUUUCAGUACUGAAUCGUUUGAAAACCAGUCCAAUUGCAGCAGAUCAUUCGACACAGUCAAAUCUCCGUCGCAUUCUUCCGUCUCCGGAUUGAUUCGGAUGAAUAGUCAACGAAAAAGUGUGCGUGCGUCGUCCGCCAACGCCACAAAUGCCACUGAUUCGGUGAGAAAACCUGAUUGUAAUCCGAUCUGACUUCCGCUUUUCAGCCGAUUCGCUCGAACAAAGAGAUGGCACGUCGUCACACGCAGGUCUAA